CCGAGAGCAGCCGAACAAAUGGUUUUCUCGCACUUUCUACGGGCGGUCAGUGAUGUUGACAAUUCCAAAACUGUCUGUCAGCCUGAAACAGUAUCUAAAGUUCACAACGUUUAAAAUAGUUAAGACGGCCCCGGGACAAUGUUGACGCAUUACGGGGAUGCGGCAGCGUCUGUGUGCGUUAAAUGAGGAUAUUAAGUAUUAAACUUACAGACAGUUUGAUGAACUUCAGCGCCACGUUUGAUAUAGAGCCGGUGGAUCACUUACAGAUGGUCAGAUAUUUCACUGUUUGGACAGUAUCCACAUAUGGAAGCAGAUAGUUUAAGGCUAGCGAGGUUUUAGCAGAGUGUUGUGAUGGGUAAAGAUUAUUACAGGAUUCUGGGCAUCGAGAAAGGCGCCUCUGAUGACGAGAUCAAGAAAGCCUAUAGAAAACAAGCGCUGAGAUUUCAUCCCGACAAAAACAAAUCAGCCGGUGCUGAAGAUAAAUUCAAAGAGAUCGCCGAAGCUUAUGAUGUCCUGAGCGAUGCAAAGAAGAAAGACAUCUAUGACAGAUACGGAGAGGACGGGCUUAAAGGACACGCUAGCGGCAGCACCAGUGGCCCUAGCUACACUUUUCACGGCGAUCCUCACGCCAUGUUUGCGGAGUUCUUUGGUGGACGUAGCCCGUUUGAUCAGUUUUUCACAUCUGCUGGGGGUGCAGAUAAUGAUAUGGACAUUGAUGACCCAUUUGCAGCAUUUGGGAUGGGUGGAAUGGGUGGCUUUCCCAGAUCCUUCAAGUCCCGGGUAGCGGGUGCACAAGGGGGCCAGGGAAAAAAGAAAGACCCCCCCGUGGUGCACGAGCUUAAGGUGAGCCUUGAAGAAGUGUUCUCUGGUUGCACAAAAAAGUUAAAGAUCUCACGCAAGAGGUUGAACCCGGAUGGCUUCACUGUGCGCACAGAGGACAAGAUCCUCACUGUGAAUAUCAAACGUGGCUGGAAGGAGGGGACUAAGAUUACCUUUCCCAAAGAGGGAGACGAGACGCCCACCAACAUCCCUGCUGACAUAGUGUUUGUGGUAAAGGACAAGAUGCACCCAGUUUUUCGGAGAGAUGGCUCUGACAUCGUCUAUGCUGCAAAGAUAUCCCUCAGAGAUGCUCUAUGUGGCUGCACCAUCAGUGCUCCCACCCUGGAUGGUAGAACUGUCACAGUGACAUCACGUGACAUCAUCAAACCUGGCAUGAAGAAGAGGAUUGUCGGAGAGGGACUGCCACUGUCCAGAUGUCCUGAGAAGAGAGGAGACAUGGUGCUGGAGUUCAUAGUGAAAUUUCCAGACAAGUUAGGACCGAGUGCUCGUGAGGUUUUGGUUCAGAUCCUACCGCCUUGAUCGCUGCAAUCAUUAGAGGAGAGACUACCAGCCAAUGCGAUUAGAGCCCAGACAGAUCGUGUGAUUGGGCCCGUUGAGUUCUCUAGUUAUUGAACCUGAAAGCACCAGUGAGAAAUCUACAAAUAUAUCAAGCUCUGAGAAGCAUAAUAGAGCUCCAGUAUAUUAAUUUUAGCCCCAUUAGUUAUUAAUGCAGUGCACUUUUCCAAAUCACUGUGAAUCAUUUCAGAAGACAUAUAUUGACUCACAGACAGUCUUACAGUACCUCAGAGUCAACGCUCAUGUUUGCAUUUCCCUGUUUUACUGCUUCAGGUUCCCUUCCCUCGAAUAUAUGUUUAUAUUUUCUUUUAUUAAAUUUAUUCAAAUUUUA